CUCUAGCCACAUUGGAAACUGGUGUAUGACAAAUUCGAAAAAAAGUAGCAAGUAAUUGAUUUGGUAUAUAAUUAGAGGUUGUGUUUGUGUGAGAUUGAGCAUUGUGAAUCACAUUAUCUAGCCAUGAUCACAACACAUAACUUCCUCUUCCUCACAACUUUGAUUCUCUCAUUCCAUUUCUUCCAUUCUGCUGAUGCAAACAAGUGCAUUCCUCCUUCGGCGUGUGGUGCUAUUCGCGAUAUCAGCUACCCUUUCCGCCUCAAGAGCGACCCCAACCACUGCGGCCAUCCCAAAUUCGAACUAACCUGCGAAAACAAUGUCACAUUCCUCUAUCUAAACUCUAUCAAAUACCAUGUCAAAGCAAUCAACUACCAAAACUCCAAAAUCAGACUGGUUGAUGCUUCCAUAAUCAACAAUGACAUCUGCUCUUUCCCCACCCAUUCCUCAUAUCCCCAUACCUCCAAAGAUUUUUCUUCUUCUCCAUACUAUUAUCCUGAACCCUUUCAAGAAUUGUUUGUUAACUUGAUUAGUUGCCCCAGUCCAAUGAACAAAUCUUCCCUCUUUAUAGAUAUAACUCAACAUUGUGCCUCUAAUUUAUCACAUCCUCGAUUUAGUUAUGUACACGUUGGGCGUAUCAUGGCCUCGAAGGUACCACACCUGUGUGGAGUAGAUAUAAAUGUCGUAAUUUCGAGGCGGGGAUUCAUGAUUCUCAAGAAUGCUUCACUCUCACAAAUCCACCAAUCUAUCUUGUAUGGCUUUGAACUCAACUUUUGCUAUAAUUGCAAUGAAAAAUACACAAUAUGGGAUCAACUCUUGAUUCGAUACGAAUAUACUCUGUAUCUCACAAUUCCUCUGGCCAUUCUAGUUUUGGUAAUUGCAGGGGUAAGCCUUCCUGUGACAAUCAUCAUCGGAAUUACUGCUCUAUUACUACUCCCGUAUACUCCCCGUUGGGAAUGGAUACAAGGAUACUAUUACUAUGAGGCUAUGGGAUCACCUACUUCCAUUUCAUACAUGGUGUGGUUUUUGAUCUACAAAUUUCGGAGAAGGCAUUUGUCCGUAUUCGAGGGAGUAGAGUCAUUCCUACAAAGUGACAACAAACUCGUGCCAAUAAGGUAUUCCUACUCGGACAUAAAGAAGAUGACAAAGAAUUUUAAAGAUAAAUUAGGCGAAGGGGGCUUCGGUUCUGUUUAUAAGGGAAAGCUUCGAAGUGAUAUAUAUUGAUCAAUUCAUUAUUCGUUUUUAUUUAUAGAUAUAAGUAGUAAUAAUAUUUGAUUAUUCAACACAAUGUCAAGUAAAUAUAUAAUAAUAAUUCAUUGUUAAUUUGCA